CUGGUGAAACAUAUAUUUGACACAAAUUUCAAAUUGUAAAAUUUCGAUAAGUUCACACGUUGCUGCUAUUUCUUUUUAUUUAGCGCUUCAAAAGAAAGGCACUAUCAUUGUUCUCAUUUAACAAUGAGUCCUUAAUUUAGGCGGCAUUUUCACGUGCAAGCGUUGGCAGACGUGCCAACCCGCCCCUCGAGAGUGACAUGUAUUAAAGCCCAUUGCGAACCUAUCACUUUUGCUGAAUUAGCUGUGCUGAAAGCAGCCGGCGCGAUGGCUCAAACUUUACCGUUUUCUGUCGACAAUAUUCUUCGUUCGGACUUCCCUCAUCCUUCCCGAAUUACAAAAGCUCCUAGGGUGCUGUACGUAGGAGCUCCUUUAAGCAGCAGCAAAGUCCCAUAUGUCGCUUUAAGAUGCCAGGUCGAUCGACGCAUGAACCAGUGCAGCGAGACUGAAUUUUUCGGUAGAGGUGGUUACAGCACUCAAACUCCGGAGAAAGAUGUCUAUCAAAACUCUGGUCAUAUCGGAGAGCAGCCACGAAAAAGAGACAACAAUGCUGCAAGUGCAAAUAAAAAGAUGGAGGAAGCGAAACGGGUCAAUGACACAACUGGACCUGCAAAAGGCACAGCGAAAAAGAAGCGCAAUCGAAGUCAUUUCACACAGAUACAACUCAAGUAUUUGGAUGACGUAUUUUCCCGCCAACAAUACUUGACACGCGACGAGCGCGCGCUGCUGGCUGGCGCCUUAGACAUGACAGAGCUGCAGAUCAGAAACUGGUUUCAAAACAGGAGAUACCAGUUAAGGCACCGCGGAAUAAACCGCGCCAGGCAGGUUCCAGUCAAAGUGUUGGUGAGCAGCAGUAGUGCGCAUUCUUCAGAGGAUUGAUGUCACUAGAUCUAGAUGUUCACGCGACUUGCACGUGAUGUGCGCGUGAGUUUUAUCCUGAAGGAAUACAUGAACUUAGUCUUUAUCGAACCUGCAAAAUGUCAGUUACAUACAGUAUAUUUAUCAUUUUCUUUGCUGAAAGGGCUGUCCAUAUAAAAUUCUGCCAGCAUUGAAUUGAAGAGUGAGAUUAAAGUAUAAUUUAUCUAA